GUUGUUCGUCUUGUGAGCUAGGAAGGAGUUUUCUCCGCCGCAUGCACACACAGAGGGGACUGCGCUGCUCGCAAACGACAAUAUGGACUUGCACAUAUUGGACCACAGGCUACGGGUCAUCAGCAUAUCCAAGAAUGGGCUGGUGAAUUUCACACACCCCCUGAUUAAACUCAUAUUUCUCCGGAACAGGACACGAUGUAAGUUCUUCAGUCUGACGGAGACACCAGAGAACUACACAGUCGUCCUUGACGAGGAAGGCUUCAAAGAGCUCCAGCCCUCAGAGCAUCUCAAGGUAGAAGGCUCCAUCUGGCUGCCGCUCAACGUGGUCUCUAAUGGCAACGCCUCCAGCAGCUCACAGGCUGUCGGCGUGACCAAGAUUGCCAAGUCGGUCAUCGCCCCCCUGGCCCAGCAGCACGUCUCUGUCUUCAUGCUCUCCACUUAUCAGACCGACUUUAUCCUGGUGAGAGAGAUAGAUCUGUCUGUAGUCUUCAGCACUCUGGAGGAGGAGUUCAAUAUCUACAAAGAGGUGGGAGGAGAGUCUGUCCCUAUGCACUGUCAGGAUGUUUCCAAUGGCAUCCAGAAGAACGGCAAAGAAGCCAUGCAGCCCACAGUUCACCCAGUGCUGAUCCCCCAGAACCAGUUCUGUGUCAUGUCUCUGGACCCGGACACACUGCCGUCUAUCGCCACCACGCUCAUCGACGUCCUCUUUUAUUCUAGCAGUCCUAAAGAGGAUGCACAGUCGGCCCAGAGCCAGGACUUGGACUGUAUCAAGUUCUUCUCCUUCUCCCUCAUUGAUGGCUACAUCUCACUGGUGAUGGACACUGAGGCUCAGAGACAGUUUCCUGCUGAUCUUCUCUUCACCAGCUCCUCUGGGGAGCUGUGGAGAAUGGUUCGUAUAGGGGGACAACCACUUGGCUUUGAUGAAUGUGGUAUAGUUGCCCAGAUAUCUCAGCCUUUGGCUGACAGCGACAUCUCGGCCUAUUACAUAAGCACCUUCAGCUUCGACCACGUUCUGGUCCCUGAGGAGGACAUAGUGAGUGUGACAGACAUGCUCCAGCAUCAGAGGAAAGAACCAGCCGCUAGUUGAUUUCUGGAGUCCCAUGUGAGCUGGAUGAUCCUGGCUCAAUGUGGCGCCCCCUCACUACAGAUGCCAGGGGUGGCAGACCAACAGAAAAGGAGGCUAACCCAGUGCCUAGACUAGAACUGCAUUGCCAGCAGUAUUAACUACUACGAACUUGCCAUGAACACCAGAAGCGCUUCUCUAUGGUGUGCACAUAGUGUGAGGUGAGGCCUCCUGUUUUCCCUAUCUAAGGCAGGAUGCACUGAGUGCCAGGGGGCCCACAAGCUCACACGUGCACAUCAAAAUACACAAUCACUCCUAAACACAUACACAUACACAGACAUACACACCCACUUGCACACUCAAAUUCACAAGCACAAAGUUUAGACAUAUGAACAUGUAUGAUAGACUUUUCUGUCUAAGACAGGACUUGAGAUCUGCAGCAAAUAGCAGAACACAUUUGCAUACAUUUCACCAGUGCUAUAAACACACAACUUAGUCUUCCAGUAAGGUUUAUAUUAUAAAGCCGUGUCUAAACAGCUGGAGGGGUUCUUUUUUAAAUCAAACUUUCCUUUUUGUUAAGCUGAAAGUGUGUAGCUUGAAAUGCAAGGCAGGUGUUGAACAAUAUUUAUGCAAAAGAAAACUGACAAUUUCUAUUUUUUGACAACAGGGCUCACUUGUUUAGGUUUAGAGAAGAAUGUGCAGGUAGUUCUUAUAUAUUGAAAGUACAGUACUACAAAUUGUGUCAAGCAGGACAGUAUGCUUGGUCACGUUUUUUUUUUUUAAGAGGUCAGCAUUUAUUAACCAUUGUAUUACCCAAGGUCAAUAACACUAUGUAUUAUUUUUUGUUAUUUGCACAAUAAACUUAUAAUUUAGCUAAUAUCACUUAGAUGUUGUUUUUAUGGUACAAUUUGAAGUAAAAGUAUUGUGAAAACAUUUGGAAUAUUUGUGCUGAUUCAUUCAAUAAAGGGUAUUG